AUGAAAGAUCUUACUGAAACUAACCAAGAACCCACUCUUGAUGAAGCAAUCGAGAAUCUCUCUCACGAAGAUCUCCUAGAAAUCACUCAGAGCAGCAUCAAGAGACUUGUAGCUUCCGAUUCGUUACUAUCAGAUUUACCCGUCGACGUUACCCCAGAAGAAGUUUUGGCCCAAAUUGCUGUAGCCCAGGGUCAAAGUAUAACUGUUACUAUUUUGAGAUAUACUGAGAGCCCUUUGAGUGUUGUGAUUCCACAACGACAAACAACCGUCCUAGACCUUAAAAAGGCCAUAAGAAGGCAUUUUUUCCUAAAACAGCAACGUCAAAAAAGUAAAACAAAAGUUAGUUGGCGCUACAUUUGGAGAACGUUCUGGUUGCAAAAUAUUGCCAAUGGGAAAAUUCUCGACAAUGACAAGCAGUUGGUCAAUUUUUAUGGCGUCGCAAACAGAUCUGAACUAAGGUUUGUGAAAAGAGUGACAAAAGGCAAGAGACCCAAGACAUGUUAA